UUAGAACACGUCACUUCCUGUUGGCGGAUUUUUCAAAAACGAAAAAUAGUAUCAGAAAUGUGAAUAUCAGUCUGGGCGCAAAUACUUUUGCUAAAACUUGUUUCAAUUAACCAGACAUAUUAAUCCAUAUACAUUCAACAUAAAAUCUAUAGAUAUAAUGGACCAGGAAGUACAAGAAACCGGGGAUGGUUUAUCAAGAGUAUCAAUAUCACAGGAAACUAAAGAAAUGACUGAAGAAGAACAGGAAAUAUUUACUGAGCUGAUCACAAAUGCUAAACAAUUAACAACAGAAAGGAAAAUAAAGGAGGCCUUAGAUUUAUACAGACAGGCACUUCAGAUGCAUUACCAUGAAAAAUUAGCCAAAAAGAUCGAAAAGAUGGAGGCAUACCUGAAAGAAACUGGUGAAGAUAGAGAUAGUGGUAACCAUGGAGACAGUUCUAGGUCCAGUUCUACAGACACUCCUGGUGAGAACCUGUCUGGAGAGGAUCAGGAUAUCUACAAUCAGAUGAUAUCUAGUGCUAGAAAUCUGGUGGAGCAAGGUAACAUCAAAGAAGCUUUAGACUUAAACAAGGAAGCUUUAAAGAUACAUCACAAUGAAAAACUGGCCAGGAAAAUUAAUAAAAUGGAGAUGUUUUUGAAGACCAGUAGUAAUCAAGGUACAGGAAAUGUUAAAAGUCAAGGUACACCAAAGGCAGACACUGGUCAAAAAGAGAGCAUUUCAGAUGACAAUAAUGAAAUAUUUGGCCAGCUUAUUCAAACAGCCAAACAAUACACAGAAAAGGGUAAAAUAAAAGAUGCAUUAGAACUUUAUAGAGAAGCUUUACAGAUAAAUCCUGGUCAUGACAAACUUGCUAAGAGAAUAGCCAAGAUAGAGGUAUAUUUAAAAGAGAGUGAGGAGCAACAGAAUCACAGAACUGAAGAAGAUGUCAAUGCAGCAAACACAGAAAUGAAAACAGAGUCAAUUGGAGGAACUCCUUCUAAAGAAAACAUUUCAGAAGAUAAUAAAGAAAUAUUUGACCAGCUAAUUCAGACUGCCAAGCUGUAUACAGACGAGGGCAAAAUAAAAGAUGCUUUAGAACUGUAUAGAGAAGCUUUGAAAAUAAACCCAGACCAUGACAAGCUGGCUAAGAAAAUAGCAAAGAUUGAAAUUUAUUUAAACGAAACAGAAGGAAAAAAGUUGUCAAGUGAACAAAAUGUUACUGAAGAACACAAACCAUCAACUGAACAAAAAUCCAAUGUUCUGUCAGAGACAUCUAAGAAAAAAUCAGUUUCACAAGAAGAUCAAGAGAGUUUCAAUCAACUUGUUCAAACAGCAAAACUAUACACGGAUGAAGGCAACUUAAAAGAUGCUUUAGAGUUAUAUAGGGAGGCCAUGAAAAUAUAUAGCAGUGAAAAGUUGGCAAAGAAAAUAGAAAAGAUUGAGGCUUAUAUCAAAGAAAAUCAUGAAAAUGAAGCAGAUGUAGAUAGCAGAGAACAUGAAUCAAAUGAAGACAUGAAACCAACUACCACAAAGACACCAGCAAAAUCACAAAAUAAUCAGAAUGACCAGGAGAAAUUUAAUAAGCUUGUAAUGGAGGCCAAACAGCUGAUUGGUGAUGGAAAAGUCAAAGCUGCUCUGGAUUUAAAUAGACAAGCUUUAACCAUCUGCCACAGUGAAAAAUUAGCAAAAAAAGUGGCCAAAAUGGAGCAAUACCUGAAAGAACAUGGCAAUGAAGAAGAAGGAAAUGAGGAAGAGAAUAAUGGAAUGGUGCAUGUUGGGAAUGGUUACUUCAUGUACAAAGAGUUGUUUGAAAAGUUGUAUGAUCAUCAGAAAGAGGCUGUCUUAUGGAUGUGGGGUUUACAUAAGAAACGAAAGGGAGGAAUUCUUGGUGAUGAUAUGGGACUUGGUAAGACUAUACAGGUUAUAUCAUUCCUGUCAGGAUUGUUUGAUAUGGACAAAGUCAAGUCAGUACUCAUUGUGAUGCCAGUCUCACUUAUAGUUAACUGGGAAAAAGAAUUCCAAAAAUGGGCACCAGGUAUUCGAGUGGAAGCUUACCAUGGUAGCAGUAAGAAGGAGAAGGAACGAGCUCUUGGAAAAGUACAAAGAAGGGGAGGGGUUCUCCUGACAUCUUAUGGACUAGUUGUCACUAGCUCAGAAGUUAUUGGAAAACAAGAUGGAAGAGAAUUUGUAUGGGACUAUGUUGCUCUUGAUGAAGGACAUAAAAUAAAGAAUCCAACAAAAACUACAAAAGGUGUCCAUGCAAUACCUGCCAGGAAUAGAAUUAUACUAACAGGAACACCUAUACAAAAUAAUCUAAAGGAACUUUGGGCAUUGUUUGACUUUGUACACCAAGGUGCAUUGUUAGGAACGGCCAGAACAUUUAAAAUGGAGUAUGAAAAUCCCAUUACAAGAGCCAGAGAAAGGGAUGCUACUGUUGGUGAGAGAAAAUUGGGUCAAGAAAUGGCAAUUAGUUUGAAGAAGAUUAUAGCUCCUUAUUUUUUACGGAGAACUAAGGCGGAAGUGACAGAUACCAAAGAUGGUGUAAAAGUAGAUAAAUCUGAAGAUGGCGUUGGGAAAAUGCCAUCUUUAACAAGAAAGAAUGAUUUGAUAUUAUGGGUAUUCCUUACUCAGACACAACAGAAAAUUUACCAUGAUUUCUUGUCAUUGGACACUGUAAAAGAGUUACUAAUGACAAAGAAAUCACCACUGGUGGCAUUAACUGUUCUGAAGAAAAUAACAGACCACCCCAGACUUCUAUCUACCAGGGCUGUAGCUCAGCUAGGACUAGAGGAUCAUGGUCUUGAUGAGGACCAGUUAGAAUCAGAGGAGGCGUACCUUAGCGCUGUCAAUCAAAUUAAAAACGUUGAUGAUCAGAUACUCAUUAAUGAGUCAGGGAAACUCAUAGUGCUGGUGGAGUUACUUGAUAAAUUAAAAGCAGAGGGGCAUAGAACAUUAGUAUUCUCUCAGUCAAGGAAGCUAUUAGAUAUCAUCUUUAAAGUUAUUUCUAAUAGGGGACACAUGGUAUUGAGACUAGAUGGGACAGUAACACAUUUGUCUGAGAGAGAUCAAAGAAUGCAGAAGUUUCAGACUGAUGACAGAUACUCUGUAUUUCUAUUGACAACACAAGUUGGAGGUGUUGGAUUGACCCUAACAGCAGCAGACAGGGUGGUUAUUUAUGAUCCAAGUUGGAACCCUGCUACUGAUGCACAAGCUGUAGACCGAGCCUUUAGGAUAGGACAGGAGAAGAAUGUGGUCAUCUACAGGUUGAUAACUUGUGGGACUGUGGAGGAGAAGAUCUAUAGGAGGCAGAUAUUCAAAGAUUCUAUCACCAGACAGACAACAGGAAACAGUACAAACCCAUACAGAUAUUUCACCAAACAAGAAUUAAAGGAGCUGUUUGAGCUAAAUAAUCCACGGGUAUCAUCAACACAACAACAGCUAGAAGAAAUGCAUAGUGGCUUCAGAAAGACAGACCAGUCAUUAGAUGCUCAUAUAGCCUAUCUAUACUCUCUAGAUAUAUUUGGUAUAUCUGACCAUGACCUUAUGUUUGGUAAGGUGAAGGACAAUGUGGAUGACAUUGAUGAGGACAAUCAAGAGGAAGUUCAAGGCAAUGACUAUAUUCAAGCCAGGGUUCAAAAAGCUCAGGAACUUUUAAAAAUGGAAUCUGAUCUGUCUCAGCCAAUGUCACAAUAUCCAUCAGAGGGCCAAUCAAACAGACCACCCAGAGUACAAGCUGAGUGGAAUAUGCCUACAGCCACAUCCCCAGUAACCUCUGUUCCAGAUGGAGGUCCAGACGAUGUUAUCGACCUAAAUGAUGAAGAUGAGGAUGGUGAUGAUUCUGAUACAGAAAUGGUUGAUCUGACAGAAUCACCACAGAAAAAGACUUCUCAAGAAGAAAGACAGAUAGUGCCACCUGUUGGUCAAAUCAAACAAGAAAUAACUCAGGACACAGAUGACGACUUACCUACUUUAAGUUCUAGAAACACAAAACCAGCAGAUUCAAACCUAAGAAUUAAAAUAGAACCAUCUGGUCCUACAGUAAAACAGGAACCAGAAAGUCCGGGAAUAAAAUCAGAAAAUACUCACACAGAGUUUAUCGAGGUAGAAAUUAAGUCAGAACCCAAAAGUGACUUACAACAAUCUGAACCUAUUUGUUUGGACUCUGAUGAAGAAACUCAAGAUAGUAAUGAAAAAAAUGAAAGUGUUUCAAAGGGAAAUGACAAAAUUGAAAUUCUAAUUGAAAAUAACCAAGAAAAUGGUUUACAAGAAAACAUUGAGAAUAUUAAUGUAAAUGUGGAAAAUGAAGAUGAUAUUCAGAAUUUAGAAACCAGUUUUUCAAAUAUUCAUUGUGAUGAUGAUGUCAUGAUGACAUCACCAUCGAAAACACCAAUGAAAAAGCAGCCUGUAGAAAUGAUGGUGGACUCUCCCAUGAAGGUGGAUACAAAUGAAAUAAAAAAUUUGUCUAUACACAAAUCACCUCUGAGAAGUAUUGAAAAUUUACAAUUGAAUUCUGAAGAGGAUAUGAAUACCUCUAUACAAAAAACACCCAUGAAAAGUAGGUUAAAUUUAGAUAUUGAAUCUGAGGAUGCAGAAAUGGCAUCUCCUGCACUGAAAUCUCCUGUGAAAACCAUGGAAAUUAUGGCUAAGGGGUUAGGAUCAGCUGUAAAAUUGUUUGGAAGCCAAAUUUCAAAUACUGUUUCAAGCUUUGUUAAUAUGGUGACUCCUGAAAAACAGAGAACACCUGUAAAAAAUAAAAGAAGGAGUGUAUGUGCCAGUCCAUGGUUGGCUAAAACACCUAAAGCAGGAAAAUCUAAUGUUGUAAAUGAAGAAUUGCUUAUCUCCCCUGAUGCUAAUCGGCCAUUGAUGUCUGUGGGUAGAAAGUUUAAUAUCCCUUUAACAUCACAAGCAUUAACUGAAGCUAGAAUGAACUCCACAAUAAUGUCCGCCUUUGUUGAAAUUCCUGCCCUGGACAAUAGAUCUGCAGAUAGUUCACAUAGUAGUAGUGGAUCUCACAGUGAAAACUUUGUUGAGGAGUCACCAUCACCAAAGGCAAAGAAACGACUACAUGGAGCCUUGGUUCAAGAUUCUCCUUUCAACAGCUGUGAUACCUCAAGGGCAGAUAACUCUGCUAGUAUUGUUGUUGAUUCUGAACAAAAUACGCCAGCUGUGAUCGGUAACAAGUCUGUGAUAAGUGACCUCGACAUUGACAGUACACCAAAACGUCUUUUAAACUCUUCACGAAAUACAGACUGUAUUGAUGAUUCAAUGAAUUACGAGUCAGAUAAAAGUGAAGAAUCACCUGAAAUUAAAUCAAGGGUUGAUGAAUCUGUAGAUUGUAAUUCAGAUGAAAAUGAGAACUCUAAUAAAAAAAGUGACAGUUCUCUUAAUGAUAGGUCUGAUAAUAGCAUAAAUGAAAGUCCUAUAGCAACUGUCAACAGGAAAAAGAGGAAAGCUGUCAUUGACAGUUCUGAUGAAGACGAUAGUGAGGAGGAAAAUGUAGAGGAAGAAGAGGAAGUUUCAGAAAAAGGCGGGAAAUAUGAAAAACCUUCAAGGUCAAGAAACAAUGUUGAGAGUGAUGACAGUGACAAUGAUUCUAUAAAUGGUGCUAAACAAAUUUCUAAAUCGACGAAAAAGAAUUUCGUUGAGGAUGAAAAUGAAUCAGAUGAUGAGGAGUAUGAUGAAGAUGACAGCUUCAUUGAUGAUGAUGGAGAUGAAAUGUCAGAUGAAGAAGUUUCUGAAAGUGAGGCAGAUGAAUCUGAUGAAGAAGAUUUUGACAGUCUUUCAGAAGAUCUUCAGACAAAGUUUAGCAGCUUUGUAAAGAAAGGAAGGUCAAUGUACAAGAAUGGUAAUUAUAAUGAGGCUCUAAUGAACAUUCUACAAGCUCUGGAAAUAUUCCCUCACAAGGAAGUUCAAGCUCUAGCUAUUAAGAUCAACAAGAAAAUCGAUGGAUCAUAAGUCAAUGUAAUCAGGAGAACAAUUGAUGUGCCAAAACAGAAAACUCAGACAGUAUGUUAGAUGUCCUGGAAUUGUCCUAGAUAUAUUUAUGAAAAUAACUGUGAAAGUAAAAAGACAUGAUAUAUUUAUAACUUUUCUUUGUUGGUACUACACAUCUUUUGAAAAGAUAAUUAUUUUGAGGAACUUCUGUAGAUAUUUUAUUGAUCAUUUGUUAGGUUAGAUUUAUGUUUUUUAUUGAAAUUUUUAUAACGAAAAUAACAGUUACUUUUCUAAUAUCAUGAGAAUAUUGUGUUCUACAAUGGCCACUUUUGGACCAUGGUUCCACAGUGCUAAAUUGUUCAACAUGGUGCUAUUUAUACAUUUUGUAACCUUUUUACUUUUUGUUCUGUGCCAUGUUUAACAUUAAAACAAAGCACAAGAGAAAAAUCUGAAAUAUCUUAUCCACAACAUACAUUUCAAGUCUUAUCAUUUACAGGAGAUAUAUUUUUUUUUUUCACAUAUGAAUAUUUGUUUUUUGUUUAUAUUUAACAAAUGGUCAUCUAUUUCUAUUUUGAAAAAGUCCAAAUUUAAACUGAUUUCACCAAUUAAGGUGGUACCUAACACUACAGGGAGAUAACUCUGUAAAGUCAGCUAAAAGUUUUAAUUACAUUGUGUUGUAAAAGGAAUAUUAAGCUUCUCAAUGAUCAAAAUUGGUGUUUGUCAAACAGUGUAAUUUUUCUGACAAAACGGUUGGUUCAAAAUUUUUGAAAUUUUUAUAUUUUUGUUAAAGGUUCAAAGUAAAUACUUUUACUAUAUUUUAUGAAAAUUAAACGAGCCAAAUUAAUUUUAGUGAAAGUGUUGGGUACCACCUUAAGUGGUCCAAGCAGAUGAUACAUACCUCUCAUAGGCUCUGAUACUUUUACACCAGAUAAGAUUAGAAAACAGAUAUUUAAAUGAGCUUUGUAAGAUGGAUAUCAACCUUAUCAAGUGAACAUAUACCUAUAUAUGUAUAAGAAUUUAUAGACAAAUUUUGGUCUGUUUUGUAUAGUUCUUAUAAAAACUUGAUUUUCAAACAAUUACUGAUUUGACGUUGGAAACUUUUUCAACCUUGAAAAAGGUUAUCACAUGUAUCAAAUAUUUGUAUAAGGUUGAUUUUUUUGCCCAACCUACGAUAGUAGAGGGGCACUAUGUUUUCCAGUCUGUGUGUCUGUUCGUCCAUCUAUCUGUUUCGUUCGUUCGUCUGUCCCACUUCAGGUUAAAGUUUUUGGUCGAGGUAGUUUUUGAUGAGGUUGAAGUCCAAUCAAUUUGAAACUAAGUAAACAUGUUCCCUAUGAUAUGAUCUUUCUAAUUUUGAUGCCAAAUUAGAGAUUUUAUCCCAUUUUCUAUGUUUUUAACAUAGAAAAUGAUAGUGCAAGUGGGGCAUAUUCUUGUUUAUCCUAAGAAGGGGUGUAAAAAUGUUGAUUGUGCACACAUUUUUAGAAUGAAACGCUUCCAAACUUCAUACAAAAUGUACUUUGGUCAUUGCUUUAACCCUCUAAUGAAUUUACAAAAAGAAGUAUUCAAUUCUUAUUGAAAUUUGAACAUGAAUAUAGUGGCCUGUAAUGUUAAAAUUUUAAAAUGAUCUUCUAAAAAGAAACUUUUUAUCACAUUUUCAGUUUUUUGUUGUUCUUGAAUUGACAUUAUUAUACUGUGGAUUCAUUUAUUUUCGUGGGCACCAAUUUUCAUGGAUAAGGGAAAACUUGCAUGUUCGUGGAUGUUGUGAUUUCAUGGUUUUGAUGCAGUCUACAUACAAGCCUAUAGUAAAUUUGUCAUUCGUGGAACAUUUAAUUUCAGGGUUCACCGGUAACUUCGAAAUCCACAAAAAAUUGGUAUCCAACGAAAAUUAAUGAAUCCACAGUAGAACACAUCUUUUUAUAUGUGUACAUUUUUGAUAGUUGACACUAAAGAUUACUGGUAAUUAUAAUGAUGAAUAUUCACAGUCAGUUGCUGUAAUGACAAUGAAUACAUAUCUU